UUUGCUAAUAAAGAAAAAAAUUAUUUACUAGCAAAAAAUGAAAAGUUUAAAUAAAAAAUUGUACUAUCUUUUGGCAAAAUUUUUUUAAUCGCUUUUAGAUCAUUCCAAGUAGACAAUAAUUCAAUAAAUAAUAAUUUAUUUUACAGUUGAGUAAACUUUAUCAAGAAAUCAAAUUCGAUUGGGAAUGUUCGUCCUCUGAUCAGGAUCAAUUAAUUAUUUCUAAACAUGCAAAUUAUGGACGACGUUUCACUAUAUUUUUUACUGAGUUUAUUUGAAUACAAUUAAUCGACCAAAUUCUAGGAUGUAUAAUUGGCUCGUUUAUUACUUACACAUUAAUGUCAACGAAUCCAAAAGUAUUUAAUUUCAUUUUAUCAUUAAAUGAAUCACGAUCAAAUAAAUUACCAUUUCGAGUGUAUUAUUUUAAUUACUCGGAGAAAUAUUUUUAUUGGAUCAUUAUACAUUUGUCGUUCAAUACAUUUUUGGAAACAGUUAUUUUCAUUGUUUUUGAAUCCGUUUUGGCUGUUUCCAUUGAGCAUGCAUGUGGAUUAUUUAAAAAAAUUGGUUUACAUAUAGAGAAAAUAAAUGGCAAUGAUAAUGAGAAAUAUAAUAAAAUAGCGUUGAUUCAUUGCGUGUUGGAGCAUAAUCGAGCAAUUGAAUUCUGCGAUAGCAUUAAAAGUCUCUACUGGCCUUGCUUUAUGUUCAUAGUGACAUUAAAUAAAAUUUUCAUUUCCUUUUUUUUUAUUCAGAUUGUUGCACAUUCGAAUAAUUUUAUAGUAGCUGUCAAAUAUGGGGCCUUUAUUGGAAAUUCCAUAGUUCAUCUAUUUUUUAACACUUUCUUCGCUCAAAGAAUAAUUGACUACAGUGCUGGUCUCACAGAUAUUGUAUACAAUUCUCUUUGGUACAAGAAACCGAGUAGAAUAAGAAAAAGUUUGUUACUCAUUAUGAUAAGAAGUAAAAUUCCCUGCAAUAUUGCUGCUGUUAAAUUGUUGAAUGUAUCACUAAGGAGUGCUUGCUGGGUAAGAAUGUGUCAAAUUUUUAUUUUUUUUUGGCCUCUAAUGACAAUUUUUUUUUAAAUUAAAAAUUCUUUGUUAUUAAAAACGUAAAAAUAUCUAAUUUAUGUCGAUCCUUUUUUAUAAUUUCACUGAUGUUAAUAAUUUAUAAGAUCUUUUAGGUUUCUAUCUGGUAUUUUACCUUCAUGAUAUCAACAAAAACUUGAACAGUCAUCAAUAUAAUUAAAUUACGAAAAUUUGUUAAAAUUAUGUUUAAA